AGUAGCUUGACAGUAGUCGUCGGAGCGGAGCGGAGCGGGACUCUCUCUCUCUCUCUCUCCGGUAACACACACAUCUGACAGUCCGGAGUACUGCUGGGUUAGUUAUCGGAUCACUUUCGUUUUGCAGUCCAGCUAUCGAUCAACCUAUAUAUCCCACCACUCCGGGAGGGCUGCUUCUUUAUGACUGAGCCGUCACCGUCACCAUGCUGAACUCUUCCAUAGCAACACUUUGUCUUUGUUUCUGGCUCUUGGGAACUAACGUCAAAGCUUUCGACGAGGAUGCUUUCACCAUCAAGCACUCGAGCACAGGGACGUGCCUGGGUGUGGGGGCUUCUGCAGGCUUGAAUGUCACCUCCUGUGACCUAAACAGCACGUCCCAGCUGUGGAAGUGGGGUUCAGGCCACCGGCUCUUCCACGUGGCCACGUCCCUCUGCUUGUCGUUGGACGUCCGCAACAAGUCAUUAACCCUGGUCGACUGUGGCUCCAACAUCCUGCUGUGGUGGCGUUGCCUGGAUGGGGCUGUUUACACUGUUUAUCAAAUGGGCUUGGCGGUCAGCGAGGGCAAAAUCGUCGCCAAACGGGACUCUAAUGACACUUGGGUGACAGGAGGAUCCCAGGACAACAUCUGCCAUAGGCUCUACCAUGUUGUCCACACCACCGAAUGGAACUCUGUUGGCUCUCCCUGUGAGUUCCCCUUCAAAUACAACGGCAGCUGGCAUCACGGCUGCCUCCCGGAUGCGGAUUUCCCUGGACUGUCCUGGUGUGCCACCUCAUCGGACUUUGACCAAGACAGAAAGAAGGGAAACUGUCUAACACCUGAGGAGGGAUGCCAGACUCUGUUUGCCGGGUCGGAAGGGGAAUCCUGCUAUGAGUUUGUUCCCAGUGCCACGGUGACCUGGCAGGAAGCUCUGGAUUCAUGUCGCAGUCAGGGAGCUGAUCUGCUGAGUGUGUCUAAGCCCGACGAUCUCCACUCCACAACCUUUUUGGACGGCCUUGCCAGAAUGCCUGCGAAGAUGUGGAUCGGCCUUCACCAGUUAGACACUUCUCAUGGCUGGCAGUGGUCAGACGGUUCCCCUCUCUCCACCCUGCGCUGGGAAACAGGAAUGCCAACCAUCUCCACGAUUCUUGAGACGGAGUGUGGAGUCCUGAACUCCAAACAGAACUAUGAAACUGAGAUGUGCAACAAACGACUGCCAUACAUCUGCAAGAAGGCCGUCAAUGCCUCUCAGACGGCAACAACAGAGUCUUUUGAAUAUAAGGAAACAGAGUGUGCAGUCGGUUGGGUCCCGUGGAACGGCUGGUGUUACAAGUUAGUGAAGGACAAACCACUAAACUUUACCGAUGCCCAGAUGCACUGUAACAACACAGAGGGAGGAGGCUUGCUGGCCAGUCUCCACUCCAUUGACAGCAAAGAGAUGAUCAGCACUAAUUUCCAUGCAGAUGGCCAGUCGUUGGAUGUGUGGAUCGGUCUGGUCGGUAGCGGCAUGAACCCCACAGUCUUCAUGUGGAUCACCGAGACACCCGUUACCUUCACCUACUGGGACAUAAACCAGCCAGUCCAGCCCGCUACGGACACCAGCUGUGUCUUCUACUCUGGAGAGGGUCAUGGUUGGCGGGUCGGGGACUGCACACUGAGGCUACCUUUUAUGUGUCAGAAGAAAGGAAAGGUCAAGGAGACGCCGACACAGGCCGGAUGUCGCUUUGAGGAUGGUUGGAGGAGACACGGCAACUCCUGUUAUCAAGUGAACACCAAACAAGUAUCCUUCAAAGACCGCUGCAACAUCACUAUAAGAAACAGGUUUGAGCAGGCCUUUAUCAACCGUCUACUUGGAAAGCAGAUCAGCAAGGAAAACAAUUUUUGGAUAGGGCUGCAGGACAUCAACAACACAGGGGAGUACCAGUGGCUGAGCCAGGAUGGGACCCCGGCUGUGGUUACAUACACCAACUGGGACUGGUUAGAACCAGACCAGGCUGGAGGCUGUGCAGUGAUUUCCACUGUAAAACACUUGGGCAAGUGGGAGGCGAAGAACUGUACCAUUUUUAAGGCCGGCACAAUUUGUAGAAUAGACUUCGGUACACCUCCAGCCCCAGAGCCAGAGCCAAAUCCCAACGCAACCUGUCCUGAUGGAUGGGUGUCCAAACCUAAAGUCAAAUACUGCUACAAGGUGUUUCAUGAGGAGAGGCUGAGCAGGAAGCGCUCCUGGGAGGAAGCUGAGAGGUUCUGUCAGGCUCUGGGAGCCAACCUGCCCAGCUUCACUACCAAUGCUGAGAUGAGGGACCUACACAGCAUCAUGAGAAACACCAUCAGUGAUAAUCGGUACUUCUGGGUCGGCCUGAACAGGAGAGACCCAGCUGAUCGCUCCUGGCAGUGGAGCGACGGCCAGCCUGUGCCUCUGGAUGUUUUACAACAAGAUUUCCAUGAGGAUGAUGCAUACAGUCGGGACUGCGCUGCAUUCAAGUCAUCGAGGACCUCCUUGAAACACCUGUUUGCGUUUCUGCUGCACGACUUACCUGCCAACCCUUUCUACGCCACACCGUUUCAUUGUGACGCCAGGCUAGAGUGGGUCUGCCAAAUACCACGCGGAAAGACACCAAAGACCCCAGACUGGUACAAUCCCGGUGGACACCAUGAGACCUCUAUCUUCGUAGAUGGAGCGGAGUUUUGGUUUGUUAACGAGCCUAAGCUCACGUUUGAGGAGGCACAGCUCUUUUGCAGUAUGAAUGACAGCACACUGGCUGCACCACUCAGCUCGACUGCUGCCACUCAGAUCCAGCAGCACCUAAAAGAAAUGUCAAGUUCUUUCAAGCAAAACUGGUGGGUGGAAGUUAGAAACCCUGGACGGAUAUUCCCCAUGACGUACACCCAGAUGUACUAUUAUCAUUCAGCUUUCCUGGGCAAAUGCACCUCCAUCAGUCCUGUAAACAUCUUCCCAGAUCAUGAGCGCAGUUGCCGCGAUCGAUUGUCUUUUGUGUGUGAGAGACACAACGUCACGUCAGUGGAGAUAGACCCUCUGGAGCCUCAACCUGGAGGACUGCCCUGUGGACAUCAAUCUCUGUCCUUCAGAAAUAAGUGCUACACACUGAUGACGAGCCAGAAGCCUGUGUCAUACAAGAACGCCAAUGAGGACUGCCAGUCGGUGAGGGGAACCCUGGUCACGAUAUCGGAUCAGGUGGAGCAAGAUUUCAUCACCAGCCUGUUGCCGAGCAUCAGAAACAUGGAAAGGAUAUGGAUUGGUCUGAAAAUCAAACAUAACGAUCCUGAAUGGGUGGACCAGUCCCCAGUUAACUACGUCAACUUUAACCCGCUGCUUCUGGGAAUGCACAAGGCUAUAAAAGUCAACCCGUUGGAUGUAGAGAGUAUGGAUUUGUGUGUGUUUUUGAACAAUAACCCCAACUCUGCCAUGCUGGGUACCUGGGACUACUCCUCCUGCACACAAUAUCAAAAUGUGGCCAUUUGCCAGCAUUAUGCAGAUAAACUGGAGGAGCCCAUCAUCCCAACAGAGCGUUUCACCGUCAAUAACCACACCAUCCUGCUGCUUGUCAAGAAUCUCACCUGGUUUGAGGCCUUAGAGCAGUGCAGAAGUAACGACAUGGACCUGGCGAGUGUGGCCGACACCUUCCUGCAGUCCUCCCUCACUGUGCAUGUGAGCCAUGCGCGCACGCCUAUGUGGAUCGGCCUCUUUAGCGAAGACGAUGGGAUCCACUACCGUUGGACCGACCACAGUCACACCGUAUUCAGUCGCUGGUCUUCUGAUGUCACCAGUGGCGCGUGUGUCUACCUGGACACCGACGGCUUCUGGAAAGCUACCGAGUGUGAUGAGGAGCUGGGAGGUGCUAUCUGCCACAAACCACAGAAAGAGAUCAUCACCAAACCAGAGGAUGUGGCAGUGAAGUGCCCCCAUAAGAUUAAUGGUCCAAACUGGAUCCCCUUCAACAACAACUGCUACUCCUUCCAGCUGGUCGCCGCCAGAUGGGACCAGUUUGACAAAGGACAGAUUAAGGAUACCUGCAAAAACCUUGAUGCAGGUGCACACGUCCUAAGCAUUCGAAAUGCAGAGGAGAACGAGUUUAUUAAGGAGCAGCUCGUACCGUUUCAGAACCUGGUCCAGUUUGUAUGGCUGGGGAUGUUCAAAGAUGACAACGAUAACCAGAUGAAGUGGUUUGAUGGCACAAAUGUCCAAUAUUCCAACUGGGCAAAUGGCAGACCAGUUGUAGACGGACCGUUCUUGGCUGGUCUCACUGUUGACAGCGAUUGGCUUCUCAUCUCAAACCAAAACAUAUUCGGACAGUUCAAACAAAGGACCAUCGUGACCUGCAAACUGGACAAUGAACUAAAACAGGAGUACAACAAGUCAUCCAAAGAUUUUCAACGUUACGGCAACUUAACUUAUGAGGUUAUGACCCGAAAACUGAAUUGGCACCAGGCUCUGGAAGAGUGUGGUCGGGGUGGAGGCCACCUGGCGAGUAUCCACGACAUCCAGCACAGUGCACAUGUGGAGCUCAUCGCCAGGACGGACGGCUUCCAGCUCUGGAUUGGCCUAUCCAACCAGGAUGUUAGUAACUCAGGCUUUGAGUGGUCUGAUGGGACGGGAGUUGACUACAAACCCACCAUCUCUGACUCACAGGAAGGCUCCAGCUCAGGCAAACAAGAGGCCAGCUGUGUCUAUGUAACCCCUGCUGGAGCCUGGGUGAAGACCAGCUGCAAUACGCUGGUAGACGGAGCCAUCUGCUACACCACCGCCAUCACCAGCCCUUCCCAGAGAGCCAGACUGAAGGUUGCCCCAGAGGCCAAUCGUUGCCCUCAGAACAACGGUAUGUCCAUGUGGGUGGAGCAUCAGGAUCACUGUUACGCCUUCGACAUGGCUUUCUACAACUACAGCGUGUACAGCAUGGAGCAGGCCAGGAGCAUCUGUCAGAGCAUGGAUGCUCAACUACUGACCUUAAAAACUAAAGAGGAGAACGAGUUUGUGUCAAAGUACAUGUCUGAUGACCCUCUAAUCACCAGUCGAGUAUGGCUCGCCGUGGAGCUCGAUACUCAAGGUAAGCCCGUGUCCUGGCAGGAUGGCUCGGCUCUGGCUUACGUUAACUGGCUACCUGAGCCCUUGAAUACUGGGACGAAGUCAGAUCCCCGCUGUGCCGUCAUGUUGGCAGGAGAUGAGGGAACCUGGAAAUUUGUCAGCUGCAAGGCGAGCAACAGUCGUGUUGUGUGCAAAACUGAAGCAAAGUCUGGCGGCGCUCCCGUGGCGUUGGUUCUCUUCAUCGUGGUCGUCAUCGCUGUCGUCUUAGCCAUCGGCUUCAUCAUAUAUAAGAAGAAAAGAUCCCACUUCUCUUCUACCGUCCGCUACGAGAGGACCUUUAAUGAAUCAGACGCCACCAGUAUUAUAACAGACGCUGACUGAGCUUGCUUAAGUAAUCAGCCUCAGGGAGUAUUGAUGUGCCUUGUGUGCAUUUUAGUACUUUUCAGCAGGAGCAGAUGCAGCCUUCCCUUUUUAAAUUAUUUAUUUAUCCUGCUAAGCCUGCAGGGUUCUACAAUUGUGUGUAAAACUGUAAAUAUUGUUCUGCCAAUUCAGUUUCUUAAUUUGGGAUAUUUUAGAUUUUAGAGUUUAUUGAGAGCCUGUGUUAUACCUAAUGUAAAUACUGGGACUGAUGCUCUUUGGUAAGUAUUAAUCUUUGACAUUAGUGGGAUGUUAAGUGUUCUGUUUGGGUUUUUUUAGAUUGUAAAAAGAUUUUGAGUUACUUACAGAAAUAUGCAACUGGAAAGAACACUCCCAUUCAGCCUUAUAACAGGGGUUAAAUUGCACUGAUGUAUGAGUGACUUCAAACUAUCGGAAACAAAACAUGUAUUGUUUUAUACUGUAUAUACCAUUACUCAAUCUAUUCCUGUUUUAUUUUGCAAUUUCAGAAGGUUUGAUUUCCGCAUGGUUACAAUUAAUCAAUACAUUAAUAGAUGUUUUUCUUUGACUUGGAAUGUUGGGUAUAUCUAGGUAGUUUCUCCAGAUAUUUACAAUACUGCCCAGACUUCACUAUGAAUAGCUUAGAGCUAGUUUUAUACCAGAGUAUGUUCCGUAACCGUCUCCAAGCGAAAGGAACAAACAAAAGACUGUGGCUCUUAUGUAUGUAAAUGUUUAAUAUUUUGUGUUUAGCUCUUUACAUUGUUUUUUGGGACUCUGGCUGAGACCUUGAGCUUCAUUUUAUUGGCCUGAGCAACAGCUUAUAUCUCCAAACCUCAGCAAAUCACAUUCAAACUAUCCAGAUUGAGAGAUUGCACUCUGGUCAAGAAAAUACAUUUGUAUUUUUAGUUGGACUAUGCCUUUUAAAUAAGUAGAAACAUACGUGAUUGAUGAAAAUCUCACUGAAUGUGCCUUUUUAACAUCAGUACUUCAGAAGAAAUGGGAGGUUUUAAGCCAGUGGAUAGGGUUAUUUUCAGUGUAUUUACUGAUUCAGUUGACUUAUUAAUACCUAACGAUAUGUUUUAGUUGUCAAUACAUAAGAAAAAUCUGAAUUUGUAGUCCUGCUGAUAAGUUUUAAAAGUGUAGGACACUGUCUUCCUUUCUUUGUUUGUAUAAUUUGUGUGUUUAUGUAGAUCUGCCUUUCCUAUGCACUUAACUACUGAGCAAGAACGCACUUUAAUAUGUCGUGGAGCUACAGUUCCUAUUACCUUUAAGCACAAUGAGGUUUGGAGAGUUUUUAGAGACGUUCAAAUUGCACUGCCGUUUGCUGUGAAAGCUUUGUAAAUAUGUUUUAUAACUGAGAACGAACCAAAGAUGCUCUGAGUUGUUUGAAUGUCAAAAGCCUGAGCUUUCCUUUCACUUUGUGGAACUGCCUCAGUACGGCUUGUUAACCCAUCCACAUCAAAUUGUAAACCAAAUGUUAAGGGUUUGUUUUUUCGUUUUUUUAACUUCCCCCACCACUCCUAAACAGAUCUAUGAGCUCAAAUCAGGUACAGUAUCCUUCCAAUAAAAUUUCCUGUCUUCAAA